CUGUCUGUCGGAAUGCGUCAGGUGAGUGUGGGGUUAAAUACCUGAGGUGGGCGGGGCUUACUAUCGCCUGACAGAAACCCAGCAGAGACCUUUGAGAUCCACAACCCGCGCGGCGAGACACGCAGAGAUGGCCACAGAUUUCACCCAGGACUCGGUGCUGUUCUUCCUCCAGAGCCGCGGAGGGUCGGUGAAGAACUCGGAGCUGCUGGUCCACUUCAGAGCCUUCCUGCAGGACGCCCAGAACCGGGACCGGAACCGAGAGCUCUUCAAGAAGUUCGUCAACUCCGUGGCCAUCGUGAAGCAGGUCGACGGGGCGUCUCACGUCCUCCUCAGGAAGAAGUUCAGAGGACAUGUCUCCGGCGGCGGAGCCGGGCGGGACUCUCCCGGACCUGCCGGGAAUUACACGGAGCCCUCCGCGGUGACCGCCAGCGCAGAGCCGGAGGUGAGCCUCCCCCCGCCGGGAGAAACCAGGCGGGAAGCGGUCCUACAGGCGGCUGGGAUCGUGGGGAAGAACCAGAAGAACGAGGAGACGAAAAUCACGCAGAAACCCAAAGAACAACAAGUAAACAUCAGAAAUAUAAGUCCUGAACCAGUAAUUAGACAGGUCCAAAAGGGGGGUCAACAACAGGUAAACAUUAGAAAUAUAAGUCCUGAACCAGUAAUUAGACAGGUCCAAAAGGGGGGUCAACAACAGGUAAACAUUAGAAAUAUAAGUCCUGAACCAGCUGUUAGACAUGUUCAAAUGGGGGGUCAACAACAUGCAAACAUAAGUUCUGAUCCAGUAAUUAGACCGGUUCAGGUAGGGGGUCAACAACAGGUUUAUGUCAGUCCUGAACCCUUAAUUAGACCAGAUCAGAUCGGAGGUCUCUCCGAACCCUCUGGACCUGACCAGAACACCAGACUUGGACUGCCAACAGUGAGACUUCAGGAACCAGAACCCCCCAGAGGACCAGGUCCUGGUCUUCAGCAGGGUCCUGCUCGCCGCUUCAGACACAGACCGAGCUACAAGUCUGCUGUCUCUCAGGAUGAAGAUGAGGAGGAGGAGGAGGACAAAGACGAGGAGGCUCUUGUGAGACCAGGUCCAGGAGGAGGACCGUGGACUCAGAAGGCCCCCCUCAGUGACUCAGGGAGGACCCUACCCUCAUUCCRCUGCAUCCCAGAGUCUCCUGAGUCCCCAGGAAGACCUCAGAGUCUCCUGCAGCUCACGCAGGAGGAGAUCCCGGUCCCUCCAGACCUCCUGAAGCUCCAAACAAGACUGGAAACUGGUUCAGUUCCCAUGGAGACYUUGGAGCACUAUGGAGGCCCGCUGGUCUCCAGACCGGGUCCUGGUCCUCAAAAGGUUCCUGGUCGACGUUUCAAACACAGACCGAGCUACAAGACGGCCGUCUCCCAGGAGGAUGAAGAGGAGGAGGAGGACAAAGACGAGGAGGAGGAUCCAGUGAGACCAAGUCCAGGAGGAGGACCAGAGAGAACCAUCUCUGGGUCCUCACCCGGCAUCCCAGAGUCUCCCGGGUCCAGCUCCUCUUCCUCAGGAAGGACCGUCCCCAACAUCAUCAUCCAGCACCCGGAGGACGACGAGACCCCGGUCCCUCGAGGGCCGGGACCUGGUUCUGUUCCCAUGGAGACGGCCCGACGACGCAGCCUCCCUUCAGAGUCGGACUCUGCAGGACGGGAGCCCCAUCAGAACCAGACCCAGUCCUCCAGCCCCAGCAGCAUCCUCAGACUAUCAGCUGAGGACCAGCGUCAGUCCGGCUCCUCCGGAACUCCASGGUGGACCAGCAUCCCUGAGGGGACCCGAGCAGAAGAACCUGCAGGUCUGAGGACCCUCCAGGAGGUCCAGAGGUCUGCGGGGUACCAGCCUGUGGGGUACCAGCCUGUGGGGUACCAGCCUGUGGGGUACCAGCCUGUGGGGUACCAGCCUGUGGGGUACCAGCCUGCGGCGUGGCACCGCUCCACAGGACACCUGUACGAGGAGGAGCUCAGCGCGGAGCGUCUGUCUCCUCUGUCCCGCUCCACCGAGUGUCUCCGUGACGAGCAGCUCCUCGGCCCGCGGGCCCAGCCGUGGCACCUCUCCACAGGCGAUCUCUACGACGACCGCGAGGAGGCGGAGUCGAGCGAGGGCUCCYCCUCCUCUCCUCAGGUCCAGCUGCGGUCGGCGGUGGCGCGGCGCCUCAGCAGRCGCCUCAGGCGCAGGAUGUGCCGCAGCCUGGGGACCGACCUGGACCAGAUCGUCCAGGAGGAGGGCGGGGCCGGGACCGGGAGCGAGGCGGCCCGCCUGGACCGCCUCCACAGGAUCUCCUCCUCCAUCAGCCUGUUCUACAACCGGUCCACCUCCUCCCUGUCCUCCUGCACCACGCCCCCUCGCUGCCCCAGCCCGGCCAAUCAGGUCGAGGGGGAGGAGAAACGACAGGGGAGGAGGAGCCUAAACUCCACCUCAUCUCAUGCACAGUCUCCGGUCCCCCUGGAGCCCAGGGAGCACUCGUGGAUGGUGAGCGGGGCGGUGGGGGCGUGGACAGAGAUCUUCUCUCUGUUCAGAGAAGACCCGUCUCUGCUCAACAAGCGGGACUUCAUCUCCGGUUUCACCGUUCUGCACUGGAUCUCCAAACACGGGGCCCACCGGGCCCUCAACACGCUGUGGUACGGCGUAGAAAAGUUCGGCUUGACGUUCGACAUCGACGCCCGGGCCGCCGGGGGGCAGACGCCUCUCCACGUGGCCGCCAUGCACGGCCACAAGAAGGUCAUCCAGCUGCUCGUGGUCAAGUUCCAGGCUAACGUGCGGCUCCGCGACACGGCGGGGAAGCGGGCGUGGCAGUACCUGGGCAGCACGGCGCCUGACGUCCUCCAGCUGCUGGGAGCGCCGGCGCGCGCCYCCCUGACCGAGAGGGGCGGGCCGGGCGACUCGGACUGGCAGCCGAAGCGUCGGCGCCACGGCCUGCGCCACCACCUCUCCUCGGCCUCGUCAGCUCAGAGGCCGCUGACCUUCACGCAGUUCGCCAAGGUCACCAGGUCGUCGUCCAUCGCCGCUCUGCUCAAACACAAGUCCACUCCUCGCUUUUAGACGCCAGCUGGACUCGUUUAGCUCUUUUCCUUUGAUARAAGGCUAAUCUUUAGCAAUAAUUUGUUUUUUAUGUUUUUUUAUUUCUGAAACCAAAACAUCAGAACAAACCAUAACCUUUUUAUUUUUAUUAACUUUAUCUAAACGUGGCAAUAAAUCCAGAAGAACUUCCUGUUUACAGUCAGAU